AAAACCUUAAAACACAUCUAUAAAAGAGUAUAAUAACUGAUAUUUAAAUAAUCAGUCAAAUUAAAAGUACCUACGCAAAAUGUAUCUAAUACACUGGCCUUUAGGUGCUUCUUUGGUGAUAUUAACCACCGCAGCACUUUCAUCUGUUGAUCCGGAUGCAGCAUGGCAAAAUUUCAAGGUCACCCAUGGCAGGCAAUACCGAAACAUCCACGAGGAAACCACCCGUAAAGCCAUUUUCUUCGAAAACUUCGAUAAAGUUGCAACUCACAACAAACUCUACGAGGAAGGCCUGGUGGGUUAUUCCUUAAAAAUUAACAAGUACUCUGACCUAACCCAAGAAGAAGUCAAAAACACACUCAACGGAUACAAAAAGAGCAAAGUAAGCGUGAGUAACAUCGAAGUAAUACAGUUCAUCCCUGACGAAGAUGCGGACAUACCCGACGAAUUUGAUUGGAGGGACAAGGGAGCUGUGACUCCUAUUAAGGAUCAAGGCCAUUGUGGCUCCUGUUGGGCGUUUAGUUCUACUGGUGCUCUUGAAGGACAGUACUUCCUAAAACACGGGGAACUACCGUCCAUUAGCGAGCAAAACCUGGUGGAUUGCUCCUUCGAACACAACAACAUAGGUUGCAGCGGUGGUGACAUGAACCCAGCGUUUACUUAUGUACACGACCAUGACGGUAUCGAUUCUGAGGAUUCCUAUCCCUACGAAGGUGUCGAUGGAGAAUGUCGCUAUGUCCCUUCAGGCAAUGUCACUUCCACCAAGGGAUACGCCACCAUAGACAAUGGUAACGAAAAUUACUUAAAGGCUGCAAUCGCCACCAUUGGCCCAAUCGCUGUGGCGAUUGAUGCCAGUCAAUCAGAGUUCCAGCAAUAUUCCGAAGGAAUAUAUUAUAACGAAGCUUGCAGUAGUGGAGCAAAUGACCCUGAAACUGAAUUAGACCACGCCGUUUUGGCCAUCGGAUAUGGCAGUGAGGACGGUCAGGAUUACUGGUUGAUCAAGAACUCCUGGGGAACCACUUGGGGAGAAGAGGGUUACAUCAAGAUGGCGCGUAACAGGGACAAUAACUGUGGAGUAGCGGCCGAGGCUAGUUUCCCACUUAAUUAUUAAAAAUUGUAAUUAAAACAAUUUGUUGACUGUUAAAAUAAAUUAUUUGGAAACAUU